AUGUCCAGCCCGCCUCGCAACCCCGAAAAUGCCGCACCCGCGACCCUGGUGAGCCCCGCGCAUUCGUCGUCCACUCCCAGUGCCGCUCUUGAUCUCGGUGCCAUCGACAGCUCGACAUCCAGCGCCAGUCCUGGUCCCGCUCAACCUGUCCCUGCUCCCGCCGCCGCUGCUGCUGAUCCUGGAGCUCCCGCUACUGAUAUUGCUGCGGCCCAACACGCACAGCAGGACCAGCAGCAGCAGCAGCAACAACAACAACAAUCUCAGUCGCCUCCAGUCCCAGCUCAGGCGUCUCAAGACACCCCCCCAGCCCACGCUGCAGCUCCACCCCCUGCCACGUCCGCUGUCACCCAGAAGCACCAGCAGGAUGUCUCGAGCCAUGUCGACCCGAAUAUUAAAAAGCCCCGGCCCCCUAUCGCCCUCCCGAGGCAGUCCGGUCCGUCCUUGCUAACCCAAGCUCUUGCCUCAGCCCGUGGCAUCCCUUCCAGAACACACUCCCACAACGACCAAUCCUCUUCCCAAGUCUCGACUCGCUCGCUGCCCUCUCCCACCGCCGACUCCGUACCAACCAAUCCUCUCUCUGCUGCUGGCCUGGAUCCCGUCGCCGUCGACCCUCGCCAUGUUCCCUCUCACGUCGGCCACGGCGCUUCUGUAGGCCCUCGAAGUGCUCCGCAACCUGGCUUUGUCGUUCCUCCCGCUCCCAUCAAUACCACAUCUAUCCCGUCCGCACCCCCCGCCGACGCCGCCACCGCCGACAUGGAGAUUAUGACAUCUCCCACCUACGAUAUGGCCAGCUUCCAGGGGAUAAGAGCCAUGUUGCUGGAUCAUCGAGACUUCCUCAGGACCACUCGAUCACGGGGUCGAGGGACAUCGCUGGAGAGGGUGGAGAGGGAGCCCAAGGUACAGGAAGGGGUGCGAAAGAAUCGGGCGCACUCGCACUCCACUAGCCCCGAUGGAUCACUCACCACAUCAGUAGCGCAGCUGGAUCAAAGGUUACAAGAGAAUAUUGAUACGGAUGUACGACCAAAGAAACUAGAGCAUCGGUUCUCCCUUGGGCCAGAAAAGAUAUGGUCCAUUGGAUCGAGCGAGGCCAUUGACGGCCAGGAGGAUGGGCAAGUAGAGAAGUCGGUCCACGAAGCCAUGAUUGGUGCUGAACCCAAUGCCCGCAGUCGCAAGGCGAGCUACAGCCUGCGGUUCUUCCGCGAAGGUCUACCAAAGGAGGACAAGACACGCAGGAAGGAUGCGCGUCACACACACAUGCGAGAAAAGAUAUCGCCGAGUCAAGAGGGUCAAUCAGGCCUCUCAGCUGACAUCGCCAUAGAGGAUUUCGCUGCCAAGUCGGUCAGCACGAACCCUACGCCCUCGCCCAGAAUAUUGGAUAAGAAGGACUGGUUGCCAAAGCAAUUGGAGAGGGUCAAAACGUUCCCCCUCCAGUCACCGCAAGCAGGCAAUACCCCCAUUCUGACCGACUCACCUACUCAAGACUACUUUGGGCUGAGGAAGGUCAAUGGCGAUAUCUUCCACAAGGUAGACUCAGAUGGCACUGUACAGAUUGGUUUGAAGGAGGACAGCUCUGACGGCCAGGCGUCGCCUACUACCGUUGAGGAGGGCCGCCAGGUCGAAGCGCGCCGCCCCUCCGAUAGCAGCGAACAUGGAGAAAGCCACGAGGAGGGAGACGAGUCUAGCGAAGAAAAGAUUUCCUCCGCUGUUUUUGUACCACAUCCUGGUCUUGAAGAGGCUGCUGAACGCGAGAGAGAUGUGUCCAAGCCACGGCAGACCCCGGGCAAUCGUACCGCUUCCAGAGCUGAGGAUUUUCACCCAUGGCUUGUGAAGGCUGAUGAGCCGGAACCUGAGGAAGAACCAUCGCCUGAUCAACCUCCCGACACUCCAUCCCAUAGGCCAAAGCCCAAGCGACUGCCAAUUGCGCCCAACGUGGCGCUUCGCGAGGUGCAGCCUGGUAAGAUUGAGGAUUUUGCCGUCGACGAUGAGCCGGAACCCCCAACGCCCAAACCAGUGACCACGUACUUUGAGGACCAUGCUCAUCAUCACCAGACGGACGAAAAAGAGCCUCUCGAGGCAAUUGAGCUGAUCCCUUACAAGCACCAGGUCGGCGGUCACACGACGCUUUGGCGCUUUUCCAAGAGAGCUGUGUGCAAGCAGCUUAAUAACAGGGAGAAUGAGUUCUAUGAAAAGGUUGAACAGCACCAUCGUGAUUUGCUGACCUUUCUACCUCGAUACAUUGGUGUACUCAAUGUUACCUUCCACAAGCAACCUAGACGCAAAUCUACUCAUAAACGGGAAGACGCCGGCUUGUUGGAGCGUAAGCAUACUGGCGAGAACGGCGCUGUAGCUUCAACUGAGCAAAGUAAAUCCAACAGCUCCAACGGUGCAGCCCUGGGCAACCCGAACAGCACAUCUCAAGGCAACACGGAACACCGCAGAAUCAUCAGCCAGUCGCUCGCAUCCGGCCCUGUGCCGAUUCCGACCGUCACUUUCGACGAUAAUUGGCACAUUCUACCCCGCAACCUAUUCCAGCCAACGCCUCCUCCAGCUGGCAUACCACUUCGAGGCCGCAGUACAUCAUCCUCGGGACUACCUGACAAUUCCGAUCACGGCAAAAUGACAUCGCCAACAAGGCCCAGUCUGGAUGACCGUCAUGCCAACAGCUGGGGUGCUACGACGGUCAAUAAGCGUCUGCGUAACGAAGUCUUCAAUGAUGCUUUCCUAAAGCAGCCAAUCCCCAUCCACAAGCAUCGCAGGCCUCACCAGAAGUCAAUGGCAUUCCGAAAACAGCAGGCACUGAGGCCUGCCAACUCCGUCCCCGACCUGAUUCGGAGACAAGAGACGGCAGCUCCAGAGGCUCACGCCCCCCACAACUCCAGCCCCCUCAGGCCCAGCAGCGCUUCGCCUCCAGGCGCAAGCAUGCCAAUUGAGCGGCCCGGUCAAGAGGAACCUACCGAGGCCGAUGACAGCGACGUCAAGGACGUGACCGGCACAAGCGCACCAGAGCCGGAGACGCUGGCAGACAAGAUCAUUGCGCAGAAGAAGAAGCGAAGAUACUCCGGCACGGGUCUCCGCCGAAAGCCACGCACUGUUACGGAAUCUAGAGGAAACCUAAAGUACUGGGAGGAAGCGGACGAUGCUGGUUACAGGGGAGAGGACGAGGGACAGUCUGGGUCCGUUACGACCUCGCAAGUGAACUCCCCAAUGAUCGAGCCGCCAACACCGAAUGGUAAAAUCUCAAACGGAGGGCCUGCCAAAGAACUGAGUCUUCCCAUGGCGGCUACGGACGUAACCCAACCUGAAGUUCCGAGGGAGGAGCAUUCGACGUAUCCGUCAACUGCGCCAUCAGAGGUACCGAGCCCGACACAGGAGUUCCGCAAAAUCCCACGGCCGGUAAACCCUAAAGAAGCACAGACCCAGCGAAACUCUCGUGUAGAAUACUUCCUCCUGUUGGAAGACCUCACUGCAGGCAUGAAACGGCCCUGCAUUAUGGAUCUCAAGAUGGGAACCAGGCAGUACGGCGUCGAUGCGACACCCAAAAAGCAGAAGUCGCAGCAAGGGAAAUGCGCCAGAACAACCUCGCGCGAGCUCGGCGUGCGUGUUUGUGGACUCCAGGUCUGGGAUGUCAAGAGCCAGAGUUAUGUCUUCAAGGACAAGUACUUCGGGCGCGACCUAAAGGCUGGACAAGAGUUCCAGGACGCACUGACCCGGUUUCUCUAUGACGGCGUUGACUAUUCCAGCAUUCUGCGGCAUAUUCCAACUAUUUUGCACAAGCUCGACAAGCUUGAAUCUAUUGUUCGGAAGCUGGACGGAUAUCGCUUCUAUGCGGCCAGCCUCCUCAUGUUCUACGACGGUGACACAUCAGAGGGUAAUGAAUACGAUACAGUCGUUGACGAAUCAACGACCGACUUUGCAACCGACACGGAGGAGACGUCGGCUCUGCGUGAGAAGAGGAAGCGAAAGAACAAGCGUGAGAUCGACUUCAAGAUCGCCGACUUUGCCAACAGCCUGACAAAGGGUGACCUGGCAGAGGGGAAGCCAUGUCCGCCUCAGCACCCGAAUGAGCCGGAUCGCGGAUUCCUGAGGGGUCUUCGUACGUUGAGGAAGUAUUUCCUCAAGAUUCAGAGAGAUAUCCGGGCCGACAUGGGUCUGGAUCCAAUGGGACGGAGUAACAGGAUGGAUGUUGACAUUGACAUCGACCUCGAGCACAUCUCGGAUGAUGAGGGUCCUGUCAGUGAGUGA